AUUAUUUGUUUCCAGUAGACAGCAGUUGUCACUAGUUACAGUUACCUUGUUUAAUGUCUAGUCGUUGGUCGUUUUUGUUCGCGAAUAAUUAACUCCUAAAUUUUAUUCUGUACGUUUGAUCUUGUUCAUAGUGAUAACUAUUUACAAUGCAUCAUUAGGCUCUUUAAUUUGUAACAUUAAUCUCGCAUUCUCAAAAGCGUUUAAUAACUAUAUAAAUAAUUAUGAUGGCUAAAAGUUUUUUCUGGGGUUUAUCUUUCGUUUUUCUCACAAUCUCCACAGUGUCUCCUCAUCAAGAAUAUUUUUAUAAAACCUCCACAAACGAUGAGACUUUUUUAGAUACUGAUAUAAUUACACUUCCAAAUGUUCGAAUAAAAAGAUCAGCUGAAUCUCUUAUUAAUACUAAUACUACUGUUCAACAAAAACAUAGUUCUUUUCAAGCAGUCAAUGACAGAAUCAAUGGAACUACUAAACAAACAAAACAAGAAAUAAAUCCAUCAAACACUUCACUUUUUACAAAUGAUUCUGAUAAAGUACUUGGAAAGAAUUUAACUUCAGUGACUCAUGAACCUCCAGUUCAGGGAAGUACUGUCAAUAUAAGUUAUAUAGGAACACCCACACCUUUAGCUCUGCCAGGAGAUUUAGAUUUUCCUUCAGCAAUUACCAAUGAAACACUUAAAAAUCAUAGUAUAACAAAUUCAAGAAAUGAUUCUCACAUAUACUACAAUAGCACAACAAUUAACGAUUUAAAGGUAUUUAAUGAUUAUUGGGUUGAUUUGGUGAAUCAUCCUGAUGCAAAUGUACAUGAAAUGUUAUCAGAUUCUCAUCGCAGGGCUGCAACAAUCAACUUGAAGUUUCAGUUUCCUUUCUAUGGACAUUUAUUAAAUUCAACUACAAUUGCAACUGGUGGAUUUUUGUAUUUAGGAGAAUAUAUUCAUUCGUGGUUAGCAGCUACUCAAUACAUAGCACCAUUAAUGGCCAACUUUGAUUUAAGUUCAUCAAAUUAUUCAAACAUUUAUUACUUGGAAAAUGAUACUGCAUUGACAGUUACUUGGCAUAAUGCAACUUUACAAGAUAAACCUAAAGUUGGAGGAUUUACUUUUCAAACAACUUUACAUUCAAAUGGGAACAUUGUGUUUGCUUACAAAAAUAUACCAACUAAAAUCAAAGAAAUUGAUUCUACAAAUCACCCAGUGAAAAUAGGAUUAUCUGAUGCAUAUGUAUUAGACAAAACAAUAUUUUUUGUGAGAAGAAAAACUAUUUAUGAAUAUCAUAGAGUAACGUUUCAUGAGGAUGAAGUAACAAAUGGAACUGUUAUAAUUUUAACUGCAUUGCCAACAUGUUUAGAUAAGAAAAAUUGUUCUAGUUGUAUUAAAAAAGAUACAAAUUUCCAAUGUUUUUGGUGUGACAACCGAUGUUCUUCGGGAGUUGAUCGCAAUCGUCAAGACUGGCACCAGAAAGAUUGUGAGAAAUUAAAGCUUUCUGAUGAACAGAUGUGCACAUCUGGAGUGACAACUGUUACCCCUCCCACUGUUGAUAAUUCUAGUGUUGAAUCUUCUAUAAAAUCUGAAUCUCACACAAAUUCUUCAUCUUCUAGUACAAGUUUAAUCUUCAUUGCAUUGUGUAUUUCAUUAAUUUUAAUGUCUUUAGUCUGGAUAUUUUACGCAUAUUUAAAUCCACAUACACGAUCUGGACAAAUACUAAUAAGAUAUCGACCAAAUCAGUGGGGUUGGAGAAAAGGAGAAGCUCGCUAUACUGCUGCUACUAUUCAUAUGUAAAAUGCAACUACUAAUGACAUCAUCCAAAUAAUUUAUAAUAAAAAGGGUUAGUAGAUUAUUGAAGUUAUAGAUACUGAAUAUUAAAUUAAUGACAAGAAAAACAUUCAUAACAGUAAUUUUUUAAAAUGACUAAGUUUUUAGUGAAAACUUGAUGAUGUUUGAAUCAUAAAAAUAUAUAUUUUGUAUAAUGCAGCUAAUGUUAUUUUUUAACUUCAAUUGACU